AAAAUCUCCAAACCCCGAGCGAUGGAGGGGCUGUCUCUUCUUCAUUAAGGGGAGCCGGAGACCGGAGGUGAUCUCGAGCUAUGUCGUCGGCCGCCGACUACAACGAUCGCGCCAUUCUAUUGCGCUCCAAUUCCGGCGACGAUCUGGAGCACGGCGCCUCUCAAUCCCCCAAAACCAGCUCCAGGGGCUGCCUCGCCUCCGAUCUCUUGCACCGCCUCGAUCGCGGCCUCAGCGCUUCCGGCCGCCGAUUGACCGUCCACCACCGCGUUUCCUCCUCUCCCCCAUCCUCUACCUCGCCUUCCCAUCGCCCUAUUGCCGCCUCCGAUGAUUCGCUCGGGGACGGCGCGCCCCCAGAGUGGGCAUUGCUGCUUAUCGGCUGCCUCCUCGGCGUUGCUACCGGCCUCUUUGUUGCCAUUUUUAAUCGCGGGGUACAUGUGGUACAUGAAUGGGCAUGGGCUGGCACCCCAAAUGAAGGUGCUGCUUGGCUCCGGCUUCAAAGGCUAACUGAUACUUGGCACCGUAUACUUUUAAUACCAGUUUUAGGUGGAGUUAUUGUAGGUGUUUUGCAUGGACUUCUAGAAAUAUUGGGUCAAAUAAAGCAAUCUACUUCUUCGCAAGGACAAGGCUUAGAUGUGUUUGCUGCAAUCUUUCCUGUACUGAAGGCUGUCCAGGCUGGUGUGACCUUAGGAACUGGUUGUUCUUUAGGUCCUGAAGGCCCUAGUGUUGAUAUUGGAAAAUCAUGUGCCAAUGGAUUCUCACUGAUGAUGGAGAACAAUAGAGAAAGGAAAAUUGCUCUGGUUGCUGCUGGUGCGGCUGCUGGAAUUUCUUCUGGUUUUAAUGCCGCUGUUGCUGGAUGUUUCUUUGCUAUUGAAACGGUUUUGAGGCCUCUCAGUGCUGAAAACUCUCCUCCAUUUACGACAGCAAUGAUAAUUUUGGCCUCAGUUGUCUCAUCAACUGUAUCAAAUGCUGUUCUUGGGGAGAAACAAGCUUUCACAGUGCCCGCGUAUGAUUUGAAAUCUGCUGCUGAGCUACCAUUGUAUCUAAUACUGGGGAUGUUAUGUGGAGUUGUAAGUGUGGCUUUCACUCGCUUGUUGGAUUGGUUCACAAACAUAUUUCAGUUCAUCAAAGAAAAGUAUGGGCUUCCAGAUGUAGUCUGCCCUGCUCUAGGAGGCUUAGGAGCUGGUCUAAUAGCACUUAAAUAUCCGGGAUAUUGUAUGGGAUUCACCAAUGUCGAUGAAAUAUUACGUACUGGUAAGACUGCUUCAGCACCAGGAAUCUGGCUACUUGCUCAAUUAGCUGCAGCAAAAGUAGUUGCUACUGCACUAUGUAGGGGAUCUGGCCUCGUUGGUGGCUUAUAUGCCCCAAGUUUGAUGAUUGGUGCUGCUGUGGGUGCCGUAUUUGGUGGCUGUGCUGGUGAGAUUAUCAACACUGCUAUUCCCGGAAACACUGCUGUUGCUGAGCCACAGGCCUAUGCUCUGGUGGGAAUGGCAGCAACAUUAGCCUCAGUCUGCUCAGUACCUUUGACUUCAGUUCUUCUUCUUGAGCUCACCAGAGAUUACAGAAUCUUGCUUCCACUCAUGGGUGCAGUUGGAUUAGCAAUAUGGGUGCCCUCUGUGACAACUCAGCCAAAAGAGUCAGAGGCAUCAAAUACAAAGAUUUCUCCGCGAGGUUAUUCUGCUGUUUCACUAGUGAAGACAAAGAUGAUGAUGUUUGGAGGCGAAACUAGUCAUAGAAAUGAUAUAGAACUCCUCUGCCAUGAAAACUUUAGUGGUCAUAAACAAAUAGAUGUUGACAUUUUACUGGAAAAUAUGAAGGUUUCACAGGCAAUGUCAGCAACUUCUUAA